AAGGGUAUGUUUGUGGGAUGUUACUACAUUGGAACAGUUAAUUAGGAGUAGUUAAUAUAUCUAUUAUUUUGUUAAGCAUUUCUAUAGACCUACAGUUAAGCCGAUUCUUUUAUUUUAUUUCUAUUUUGUCUGUAAUUUAACGGGUGGUGUAAAAGUAGUGUGAUUUGCUUAACGUCGAGUAGCUUGACCAAUUGAAUUGCAUUUGGAAUGCAACCGCUUACAGUUAUCUUUAAAGGAAGAAAAAGUUACAGUCCAGACAAUCUUCUGAAUAUAUUUUGAGGGGGUUUGGUUGAGAUCCAUAACAAUGUUCGCUGUUCUCUACUAUUGUGACGUCUUUGAUUACCUCCAUAUUAAAGGGCCACUUAAAGUCUACACUUGUCUUCACAUCUGUGCCCCAUGUGACAUUGUUUCAAACUGAUUAAUGCAACACUUACAUUCUUUUCUCUUUCUUUUACCAGGAAGAGUUCUGGGAGACCUACAAUGACAAGAAUGACUGUGUACCAAAUCCCUGCCAAAAUGGUGGAACCUGUAAAGAUAUGUUUCAACGUUACCUGUGCACGUGCCCAGAGGAGUUUGAAGGUUGGAAUUGUGAAAUAGAGAAAGUCACUAAAAUUGAAUGUCGCUUUGAGAAUGGAAAUUGUGAACAAUUCUGCACUGAUGUGGCCAAUUCUUCUCGUCAGUGUAGCUGUGCGGAGGGCUACAGACUCGGAGAAGAUGGAUUAUCCUGCAUUCCUGAAGUGCCCUAUCCGUGUGGAAAAGUGCCAGUUCUGAUGAAGCACAGGAAUACAUCUGAUGACUUUGAGAGAAGUGGGAGAAUUGUGGGUGGCUUGGACGCUUUGAAAGGAGAAUAUCCAUGGCAG